AGGAGGAGGAGGAAACGUUUUCCCCGCCCCAUGGGCUGGACGUAGCCAGUGAAGGAGGAACCGUUCGCAAGAGAAAAAGGAAAAAUGGCCGCCUGUCUGUAAGAGGAUUACAUGUAUUGACUAAGAUUCUCUCCUUGCCACCACAAUGCCGCAGCAGCGCGUGCUCCCCCAGAGCAAGGAAACCCUCCUUCAGUCUUACAACAAGAGGCUGAAAGAUGACAUCAAGUCUAUCAUGGAUAACUUCACAGAAAUAGUCAAAACUGCAAAGAUUGAGGAAGAAACCCAAGUUUCUCGGGCAACCCAAGGUGAGCAGGACAACUACGAAAUGCAAGUCAGAGCUGCAAAUAUUGUUCGGGCUGGUGAGUCUCUUAUGAAGCUUGUCUCUGACCUAAAACAGUUCCUGAUCCUCAAUGACUUCCCUUCCGUCAACGAAGCCAUCAACCAGCGGAACCAGCAGUUGCGCAGCCUUCAGGAGGAAUGCGACAAGAAGCUUAUUGCCCUGCGUGAUGAGAUCUCGAUAGACCUCUAUGAGCUGGAGGAAGAAUAUUACUCUUCCAGCUACAGUCUGUGUGACACCAACGACCUCCCGCUGUGUGAAGCAUAUUGGAGACAGGAGCUGACCAUGUCCUCCCCAGAAGGCCUAGCCAUGCCUCUGGCGGCUGCCAUGAUGGAGGAGAACAUUCCGGCCCCUCAGGGGUCCACUCCUUCUCACCCUCACAUCAACGGGCAUGGAGCAGGCCCGACGGAGCACGCCUGAAAAGGGAGCCUGCAAUUCUCCCCAGCUUUGUUGCGUUUUGACAGUUGAACGUUCCGGUGGUUGCAUCAAGACAACAUUUUCCUGCCCUCCCCGGGCCCUCUUCUCUCUCAGCAGGCCUCAGCUGUAUUUGCAAGAAGCCACAUUUCUCUAGGCACCACCUCACAGGAUAGCCAACCCAGUGUUUCCCAUGGGGUGGCCAGUGCAGUUAAGAUGGGAGGUUUGCUUCUCUUGUGGCUGUUUUUAGUGUGCAGGCAUUCUUUUAAUGUUCCCUGCCUACGAGAUCCCUUGGGAACUGUGCUCUCUUAGAUGGAAUUUCUUGUGGGGAAAAGUUAGGCCAUUGCUUAUAGUCUGACAUUUUAGUAUCUGAAUGGGAAUUUUAGAGCAGGAGCUGCCUUCAAGGCAGCCCAAGAGGGCAGAAAUUUAAGCCAUUGAAAUUAUUGCCACUGGGUACAAAAUUAUAAGAAGAGUGUCUUUGUCUACAUAGUCGGUUUCUCUUGAAGGUGCAGAAGCUGUAAACAAAAUGAAAAAACUUGGUGGCCCUAGUACUAAAUUAAGAACAACUAUUAAAAAGUAAUAAUACUACGUUUUCAGUACUGUAGUCUUCCUCCGUAUCAGUUGUGUAAGCUAAGGCUCACAUCCCUGUCCUGGAAAUACCUGCUCUAUUGAGUAGCUUCAGGGAGCAGUGUUCAAGGGUUGUUUUCGACUGAAGGAACAGGCCUUAGUCCUUUCCCCAUACUCCAAUUGCUAGAUUAUUUGGGUUUUUUCCUUCCGAUCAGCUGUAUAAGGAAUUAAAGCCCUAUCAUGUAACUACUUACUGUAUAGGCUCAUGCCUCUUUCUACCACACCCUUCUCUGAAAACCAUCUGCUCACACUUUGGUAAAAGUCUGGAUGUGGACCUUAGCAUACAUGUAUUUGAAAACAGGACUGGGCCAUCUAAAACAUUUCAAAACUAUUGACAAAACUACUUCCAACCUUUCUUUAAAGAAACUAGAAAAACUGGCCAUGUCUAUGUGCAGCUUCAUGUGGGCUGGUAUCCUCUGUUUUACCUCCACCCAAAUCAGGAGGAGAUUUGUCAGUUUAAGGAUGUGUGUCAGGUGGCUGUUUAAAGGCAGAAGAGAAGUGCCAGUUGAAAAAGAGACCUUAGUUGUAUAUUCAACAUUAGUCUUCUGAUGCCAGUUCACUUGAACACUUGAUUGUAACAUGUUUGUGGAGUUUGUAUAUUUCUCUAAUUGUCAACAAAUUGUUUGAAUAAAGUCAAUUUUCAUACAAAGGUUUGGAAAGAGAUUAAGAAAGUUUUGGAGCUGGGGGGGAAGAAUGAAGCUUUCCCUAAUGGGCAGAAUUUCAGCCAUCAAAAUGAAUGUAUUACCUAAAAUGUUUUUAUUCCAGUCAGUCCUGAUUGUCAACAGUUUGUGCUGCUUCAGAGAUAUUUCUAGAUAUAUCUGGCAGGGGAAGAAACCAAGAAUUAAGUAUAAAACUCUGAUAGAUAAUAAAUAAAGAGGAGGCUUUACCCUCCUUCACCCUUUACAGUUAUACUAUGAGGCAGCAUGUCUUUGCUGGCUAAAGGAAUGGAUUGGUUUGAAAAAACGCUUAUCCAUUAGAUCUGAAAGGUCAUGAUCUUAAAUUUGGCUGGCAUGCAUGUCUAUGGUAUGGGAAAGUUAAGAUACAUAAGAGUUUCUCAAAUCGGGGAGUCUGGGAGAAAUAUAAGAACUUGUUGGAAAGGAAAACUCCAUUGUGUUUAUUGCCAAUAGAAGCCAUUACUAUGAAAAGAAUAAAUAUGGUCAGGCAAUGGGUGACAUACAGAAAAUUCCUGCACUUUUCGGAGAAGGAACUCAGACUGAAGACAGUGAAAGAAA